GUUGUUCCCUAGGACGGGCUGGGGUCGGGGAUGCGUUUCCUGCGGGAGUGAACCGGAGGACAAAAUACGUGCGAACUGGAUACUGCAGAAUGUACAGUUUGAUUGGAAAUAAUUUUAUUAAGUGCCAAGCGAUUAUAAUGUAAAGAUAAAUUGAGAUUUACUUUAAACGGAAUUGGUAAUUAGUAGUAAAAUGUUUUGCGUUAAAGUUAAGAAAAAAUGUUUAGAGACAUUUUAGUGGUAGUGGUGGAAGAAUCGGGGUGGGUGUGAAAGCGGAUUUGCCUUUUUUUUGGGAAAAAUAUGUAGUUAUUGUAGUAAUUGUUUUGAUUGCUCAAUGGAGUGCCUGCUAGCAGCCCUGCUCGUACUAACGGCGGGGCCAGUAGGUUUUCUAGAUGCCAAUCCCGAUGCGAAGAGACUGUACGAUGACCUUUUGAGUAACUACAACAGGCUUAUUAGACCAGUUGGAAAUAAUUCGGAUCGGUUGACUGUGAAAAUGGGCUUGAAGUUGUCUCAGCUCAUCGAUGUGAACUUGAAGAGUCAAAUUAUGACGACUAAUGUUUGGGUUGAGCAGGAAUGGAAUGAUUAUAAACUAAAAUGGAAUCCUGACGAUUACGGUGGUGUAGAAACGUUGCACGUCCCUUCAGAACACAUAUGGUUACCCGACAUAGUGUUAUAUAACAACGCCGACGGCAACUACGAGGUAACAAUCAUGACCAAAGCGAUCCUGCAUCACACGGGAAAAGUGAUCUGGAAACCGCCGGCCAUCUAUAAAUCGUUUUGCGAAAUCGACGUCGAAUAUUUCCCGUUCGACGAACAAACAUGUUUUAUGAAAUUCGGGAGUUGGACGUACGACGGUUACUUGAUCGAUCUUCGUCACUUAAAGCAAGUAGAAAACAGCAAUAACAUAGACGUAGGCAUCGACCUCCAAGACUAUUACAUAUCCGUCGAGUGGGACAUCAUGAAAGUACCGGCCGUACGAAACGAAAAGUACUACUCGUGUUGCGAGGAGCCCUACCCCGACAUCAUCUUCAAUAUAACCCUCCGAAGAAAGACUUUGUUUUACACUGUGAACCUGAUUAUUCCCUGUGUGGGAAUCUCGUUUCUCAGUAUCCUAGUGUUUUAUCUGCCCAGCGACAGCGGCGAAAAAGUGUCGUUAAGUAUUUCGAUUUUGCUGUCGCUGACCGUGUUCUUCCUGUUGCUGGUAGAAAUUAUUCCUCCUACGUCGAUCACGGUACCGUUGCUGGGGAAAUACUUGUUAUUCACUAUGUUGUUGUGCACGUUAUCGGUUGUUGUGACUAUUGCCGUGUUAAAUGUAAACUUUAGAUCACCAGUAACGCACAAACUGGCCCCAUGGGUACGUACUGUGUUCAUAGAGAUACUGCCGCCGUUUCUAUUCAUCAAAAGACCGAAAAAAGAAGACGAAGACAAAGGCGACUCCAUGUUAACCGACGUCAUUCAAAUGCCUAUGAGCGACCAAUUCAAAAUGUACGAAAAAGGAAAUUUCGAUAGUUUCGAUUUAGGUCUCUCGUCGGCAAGAUUUGAUAUCCCCCCAUCUGGCUUGGGGUCGUGUUUUGGGGAACCCCCGUUUCCUCUACCCUUAACUGGCGGAGAUGAAGAAUUAUACAGUCCAGCCAGUUGCAGAACGGGUGUUUUCGACCCACCUAGCGACAUGAGUCCAGGCUCCGAGAAAAUCGACGGUCACGACAUGGAAAAGACUGUGGCGGACUCGAAAUUUAUUGCUCAGCAUAUGAAGAAUAAGGAUAGUUUUGAAAAUGUUGAAGAAGACUGGAAGUACGUCGCAAUGGUGCUUGAUAGACUCUUCCUCUGGAUUUUCACAGUGGCUUGUAUCGUAGGCACAGGUGUAAUCAUUUUAAAUGCUCCAUCUUUGUACGACACAACCAAACCAAUCGACGUUGUUAUUUCUAAGGUAGCCAAAAAAAGAAUGGCUUUACUACAAAUGGUACCGGAAGAAUUGUGAAGAACCCAAAUGACAAUACCAUACACCUAUGUUUUGGAAUGUUAGAGACGUAUUGGAAGCAGCAUGGUAGAUCCGACCGCCUCAUAUCAAUAAUUAUUGAAAAGACAGAGGGGAAGGUCGGAUCUUUACUAAACAAUAAGUAGGCAAACGAGAGAUAUGUUGAUUGUUUUUGGAUGUUAAAAAUUUAGCGUAAUAUUAAGAUAUUAUUAUGAAGUUUCGGUGAAUUUGAUUGAGCGACUGGAUAAUCGUUAAUGUAGAAGAGAGUCGAUCUUUGGUUAAAUUCAUCGAUUCGUAAGAUUAAACGAUGAGAUAAUGCAAAGAAUAUUUCAGUAAGUAACAACAUUGUGCUGUUUCAGGACAAUCAGUUGAAGCAAUUAGUUCAAGUUUGACAUUUUUCUGGCAAAAUAUCUUUAGUACAAAUAUAUGGCUUUAUUUCAAAUAAGAACUUCCAAAUUCCUAAUCCUUUGCAUUAUCAUCACUUUCAUUGGUCUUACAAACAUGGAUCUUCCGAAUAAAAACUAGUAAACUAGCAACAAAAAAAUACUACUAAACUGUAGCUAUUCUGUACAACGAUUUAUAAUUUUAUAUUUGGCAAUUAAUUUAUACAUACUUUAUAUUAAUUUUUCUAAAAAUGUAUUUCCAAACAUCAUUAUCAUUUCUUAUUAUUAGCAUAAUUUUUAAAAAUGACAGUGAAAAUCGUUUGAUUUCAAAUUUAUGUAAAAAUUCUUUAGAUUGCAAAUCAAAGACUAAACUGAAAAAAUAAACGAUGAUAAUCACUACAAUAGGCAAAAGAGUAGAAAAAAAAAAGAAUUGUUAUGUAAAUUAUAUUAAUUACCAAAUGAUACGAAUAGUAAUUAUUGUAAUAAUUAUAAUAAUAAUUAAAACAUUGGGUGGACGAAUAAAAACCAUCGGUGGAAAACUUUGUUUUAAACAAAAUAAAUAAUAAUGUUCCUCAAAUUAUUAGGAUUUAUUAGGCCAUCCGUGGAAAAUGUUGAAAACUGUUUUUUGAAUAAAAAAAAUGUAAUGUUAGAAUAGUUUUGAAAAAAAAAAUCAUGGAUAAACUGCAAUACCAUAAUAAAACAUUUUUUUGAAUACCGAA